UGACUUGGUUCGCUACUCUCGAGGUCUCUGUCUCUGAAACAGUGCCAGGGAUGAAUGGAAUAUAAAUAUUAACACGGGGCGCAUCAGCCUGCACUGUCCAUGGAGAUCAAACGCGAAGACGAACUUGCAAGUUGCCGCUUCUCUUCUCUCUUUCUCUUUGCCUAAUUGCAACCUUUUCGUUGUUCUGAAGCUUCUCGAAUAGCACACUUACUCUUGAAGUUAUUCGCCCAGCGAUGGGGGGUGGAUGUUGACUGUUUGAGUGAAAGUUCAUUGGCGGUGUUGGCAGGGAUCCGGCGGCUAUCAAUAUGAUGAACGAGGGUUCGUUUGCGAACGGGAACGCCAAUACGGCAUCGUAUAACUUGGCCGAGAUCUGGCAGUUCCCCAUGAACGGCGGUGCGGGUCUCGGGGAGUCUGGAGGAGGGUUGGCCUUGAGGAGGCCGCAGUUCGGACAAAAUUUGGGGCUGUUUGGCGAGUUUACAUCGGGUUCGAACCCGAAUGGCCCGGGUAUUGACCCGAGCUGUUCGGACCAGGGAGCGAACGGGGUCAAUAGGAAGAAGCGCGAUUCCGAGGAUGAAUCGGUGAAAGGCGUCUCCACCACGAGCAACGGUGGCAUUGGCAAUAGCAAUGGCGUGAAUGAUGGUGAUGGAAAACGGCUUAAAGUAUCUAGGAAUAGGAAUGAGAGCCCUGAAACUAAAGCUGAAACAGAAACCAGUUCAGAAAAGCCAGCGGAGCAAAGUACUCAGCCAGCUUCGGAGCCUCCUAAGCCGGCUUACAUCCAUGUACGGGCGAGAAGGGGUCAAGCUACUGAUAGUCACAGUCUAGCGGAAAGAGCGAGGAGGGAAAAGAUAAGUGAGAGGAUGAAAAUUCUUCAGGAGUUAGUUCCUGGUUGUAACAAGGUUAUUGGGAAAGCGUUGGUCCUCGAUGAGAUAAUAAAUUACAUUCAGUCGCUAGAGCGCCAAGUUGAGUUCUUGUCAAUGAAGCUUGAAGCCGUAAAUUCAAGUGUGAACCCAGGUGGCAUUGAAAUUUUUCCUCCUAAAGAUUUUGGUCAACAAGCAGUUGACAUGGUAAUUGGUUCUCAAGCCCCGCGAGAUCAGUUCACCCGGGGUUCGUCACCGGAGUGGUUACACAUGCAGGUGGGCGGCGGAUUUGAAAGAACAACAUGAUUCCAUAAAUCCUUGAAUCUGGUAAUAAAUACAUAAAGAUGCAGUGUUUCCUUCCUCUGCUUAAGACAGAUACUCAAAGCCCGAGAAGAAAAUGGACAGGGCGAAUGGUAACGCUGUCUUUUACAGGCCUGCUGAAGUUAAUAUAUACUGCUACUAGCAUGUCCAUUUACUGCCGUGUUGUAAUAUUUAUUAUUCACUGAAUAUGAGGCAUGGGGGAAUAUAAGGCAAUAUUCAGCUCCAACCUACAAGGUAUUGUUCUUGUAAAAGAAGGCUGCCUCUCCUGAUUACAUAUCGCUUACUUAUUUUGUGCGGCAGUUUCAACAUUGGAGUUUGUUUGUGACGCUAUGUUGAAUAAAGUAUCCGGAUACUAAAUACAUCCAUAA